UAUCUUUUCAAAUUAGGUUUUCAUUCCAUAAAUGGUCUUUGGGGUUCCUUUUUUUUGUUACUUCAUUAUAUAACAUAGGCUCGUAUAUUCCAUAUAUGUUUUCUGAAACCAUCAGUCAAUAUCUCUUGCGAAAAGACAAUAGAUUUCGAUUUCUUUUUUCCCCUUAGAAUAAAUGCCGGGUGGAUGAGAUUAAAUCUCCCUUCCUAGUUGUAAUUUUCCCUACUUUAGAGAGAGAGAGAGAGAGAGAGCGUGUGUGUGUGUAUAUAACAAGGCCAUCAUUUAUGAUUGUAGUAAAAGAAAACGCAAGCAAGCUAGAUAUGGGAGUCGUAAAGGGAGGACGUUAUCUUCUGGUUCCCUUUUUCACACUUUAUAUGAUUCUUUUCCUCUAUCUCCCGCUACUUCCCCAUUCAGUCCACUGCCAGUGUACCAAAACCCCUAUUAUCUUCAACUUUGGCGACUCUAACUCUGACACCGGUGGCUAUGCAGAUGGUGUAGGACUCAACUUUGCACCUCCCAACGGCCGUACCUAUUUCCAUCAACCAGCUCGUCGUUUAUCUGAUGGCCGAUUGAUGAUUGAUUUCCUCUGUGAAAGCUUGAAUACUGAUUAUUUGACUCCAUAUCUGAAUUCUUUGGAACCAAAUUUUACAAACGGCGUCAACUUUGCAAUUAUUGGGUCAGCCACUCUGCCUAGAUAUGUACCUUUUAGUUUGUUCGUCCAAGUUUCUCAGUUUCUUCGAUUCCGCUAUCGCUCCCCGGCACUCAUGUUGAACGGCUACAAAGAUUUGGUUGGUGACGAGGACUUCGAAAAUGCACUUUAUACAAUUGAUAUUGGACAGAAUGAUUUAGCUGCAUCAUUUGAUAACCUUACCUAUUCACAAGUCAUUGAGAGAAUCCCUUCUUUCAUCACUGAAAUCAAAAAUGCUAUUUGGAAUAUAUAUGAGAAGGGAGGGAAGAAAUUCUGGGUACACAACACUGGCCCACUCGGAUGUUUGCCCCAAAAACUUGCUUUGCUUGCCCGAAACGCCACUGAACUUGAUGAGCAUGGCUGCCUUCAACCUCUCAACAAUGCUGCGAAAACAUUUAACGCACAAUUGCGUGUCUUAUGUGAACAACUGAGACGUGAACUGAUUAAUGUCACCAUUGUCUAUGUCGACAUAUAUUCCAUCAAGUAUGAUCUCAUUGCCAAUGCCUCUAAUUACGGCUUUGAAAGUCCACUAAUGGCAUGUUGUGGCAAUGGGGGGCCACCAUACAACUACAACGCCAACAUCAAUUGUGGCCGAACUGGUUACACUGUCUGCCAUGAAGGAUCCAAGUUCAUAAGCUGGGAUGGAGUUCACUACACGGAAGCGGCCAACGCCAUUUUCGCUUCCAAAAUUCUUUCUACUCAUUACUCCACUCCUCAACUUAGCUUCAACUUCUUCUGUAACAAUAUGUGAAUUCUGCCUGGAAAAGAGGCAAAGGAACUUAGUAUUAAACUGUAGAGAAAACUAAGACACAUAUACCCCUGGCGUGCUCAUACUGUUGUAAACCACAGAUUACUUCCAUUAAUUGUUGCCAUUCAAUCACGUGGCAACUUUUCCUCUCCCAUGUGGUCUAAUUUGCAAUUUACUUGACUUCCUAA